GACGCAGGCGACGCAGUUUACGACCGACGUUCAGGGAGCGCGGUUGAUGCUCCGGUUCGUUCUCUCAUCUUCUCGCUCUCUCCCUCUCGUGGAUGUGUACGUACUUCAGAGUGAGGUGCGCGGAUGGUGCGAGACGACCUCGCGGUGAAACUCGAUUCGAAAUUCGUUAAUGAAAGAGAAAAGAUAAUGAAGGAGAAAAAGUAAGAAAGAGAGUGAAAAUAGACUCGAACAAACAUACGAAUACGGAGAUCGGUCCGAUGUUGUUAUCAUCGAUUUGAAACAAUCGAAAAUCGGGAGUAAAGUAAAACGCGCGGAGACAAUAAGAGAACAAUCACAAUAAUGUGAAUCUGUGCGAAGAGUUUCGGCUAAUCUCUGAUGCUUGUUUGUUAGUUACAAUUGUUGAGUUCGAACCUCGCCGACGAAAGGACGCAGCCAGGUCAUACUUCGCAGCAUGGAUCUACAACGAAAACAACAACAGAGGGAAGAGCAUCGGGAGCAGCGACGCGACCUCAGCGUUGUUUUCGCUAUCGCAGUGUCCUUGACGAUCAUUGCAAGCGGCGUUGGAGCGACUGACGGAGAGGAUAAAUUGGCAGCGGUAUCGAGUCUGAGAAUAUUGGAUUCAGCGGGGAUCGUUUAUUCUAACAAAACGCUGCCGGAAGUAAAACCGAUCGAGGAAUCGAGGGAGAGGAAAGAGAUGGAGGUGGAGGAGGGAAUCGGCGACGAUGAAGACGAGGAUGAAACCCUGGGUGGAGAUGAGGCCGAGGAGUACGAAGGCGAGGAAGAGGACGAGGUCAACGAAUAUACCGAGGAAUUGAAGGCUCUCGCUGAAUCACACGAAGCUAUGUCGCGACGCGACGAUCAACAUCCGGGGACGAAGAAUCGCAGCGGAAACGGUCAGUCUUCGCCUUCCGGGAGUCCGGAUCUUCCUCUCCGGCUCGAUACGGCCAAGAAGGAUUUUGACUCGAGGGAGAAAAGCGUCGAAAGCGGAUCCGACGAGAGCGAAACUUCGAACGAAGCCAUUCUCGAUGGUACAGAAUCGGAAGACAAGGAGGUGACCGAACUCCUAAAGUACAAAGGGACGAAUCACUUCAGAGUCGGUGGCAAGAAUGAAGGGAAGGAGGACAAGGAUGAAAGUGUGAAGAUGAAACGAGUACCGACGGUAAAAAAGGAACUGAGCACCCAGAAGGAGAUCAAAACACGGAAUGAUUCCAGUGCAGUUGAGAAGAGAUUCAGCACAAAGGAGACACUCGAGGGGCUAAAUGAUGAGGUCAAGCAGAAUUCGAUGGGACAGGCGAAGGAAUCCCGGGAUGAUAAAACUGCGAGUAUCUUGACUUGUGAGUCAUCCGGUGUUAGUGAUGUUGACGAAGAGGAGUUCAUGGAACCGGAACUUGAAGAUUACAUGGACGAAAAUUUGGACGCCGAUAAGCCAACCGAUUUUAAAGUCGGUAACUUUGAUCCCGCGAAGCUUGAGGACCCAAGGAAAUUGGACAAGAGGCAGGAAGCUGUUCUUCGCGAUUUGGAGGCUUAUUUGAGGGCUGAAUACGAUGCGGAUCAGGAACAACAGCAGAAGCUUCAAGAGCUUGGAGCCCAAGAAGGCGCCCUGGCCGAAAGUUUGCUCGAACUGCUGGUGAAGCUUGCCGAAAACCCUCGUCGAUGGAAACGAGUUCAUCGACUUCUCAUGGACGUCGAGGGUGGCUUGGAGCUUUCGCGGCAAGCGCUCGAGGCGAGAAAAAGAGCUUUUAAUCUGAACUCGUCGGCUGCGACGACUGUGACGCCGACUACUACGUCCCCGGUUUCAACGACACCGAAAAAACCCCGUAAAAAGCCUAAGCUAAAGAAAAAGAAGAAGAAGCAGAGACACCACAGAUUUUCUACAACUACCACCAGCCUGCCGACCACCAUACCAUUGCUCACGACCACUGAAGCACCCUGGCUUAUAACCACACCGAUGAAGUGGCGAUUGGUUGCCGAAAGACUAUUCGGUCCUCCGUGGGCCCAAGAUUUGCAGGACGAUCCGGAAGUGGCUAAGGUGCGUCUCACGGCGCCGUCGGGACCGAGAAAAGUGUCGCUUGUAGGAGGAGGUCGCGACUUCGUCGAUCAGUUAGGGGUGCGAAAGCAGCUGGACGAGCACAAGGCGUUGAACACCGAGCGUCAGGCGCUGAUGUUGGAGUCUUCGCGCGAGUACACGGAGCCGCGUCGAGUUCAUUACGGGAAGGUGAGCACCCACCAGGGUGGAAUAUCAUCGAGUCGAGAACCGUCGACGGAAAGCGUCGCCGGUUUCCGAACUGGAAAUCGGGACCCGGCUCGGGUUCGAGGCUACGAUCCGCCACAGGAUCGUCGGCUGGGUCUCGGCAGCUACGCUGCCCAGCUUUAUUCCCGGGGCCACAUGACCUCGGCAGGUGACGAAUUCGGCCCCGUUCAGAGCUAUGCCCAAAAUCGCGAGUAUCGGCCGCCAGGUCGGGAAUACGCGGCAAGCGCGAGCUGGCGGGAUUCUAGAUACAAGUACGGACGGCCGAGUUGGAAAGCCGAGGAUCCGGAACAGUGGCGAAACUACAAAUUCGAGCCCAGGGAAUACUGGUCUUCCAGAAAUACCGCUUGGGAAAGACGCCCUGCUCCAUGGGAACCGCCAAAGAAUCCCGCGCCCUGGGAGGAAGCGGUCUCCGCAUCUCAGACCAAGGGCAACGACGAAUCGGCCGGUACUCCCGACCCGAAAAUCACCGUCAAGACCUGGAAUAGCCUUACCUCUGAUCCUGCUACGUGGCCGUUUAAACUCGCGGAUACCAAACCAUGGCCCAAAGAUGCUAAUGGAAAAUCUUAUAAUCCCAAUGCCGCCUUGGUUAGGAAACUUGGGCUCGAUCAAGACGCGAAAACUCAACUCGAGACUCACAAUGUUGGAAGCGAUUUGCUGCAACUGCAGAAAAGCAACGGUCCAUCGGGAAUGAAGUACAAGGGAAAAGGUAAGGAACUGAAAAAAGAGGCGGCGACGACAGGUGUCGAAGCGGUGGAAGGGUGGUCGCCGAAAGCGGCCAUGUCUCCGAAGAUUCAAUCGGUCGGUGCAUGGGUGAUGCCAGCGGAUCAGUCGACCUGGAAGCCGUAUAAUCUGAAGACCGUCGACUCGUACGGCGAACCGAACAGACAAAGAUGGAACCCAGAGUUCCCGGGUAAGUUUUCGAAACAGGGAGACGCUGGAAGCUGGCCGAAGUGGAAACAGUUCGCCUAUCACAGAGUUACCGCCACCCCAAUUUUAAGCCAAGGAGCUCCCCUCGACGGGCCGAGGGCACGGAAUAACGCGUACAUCGCGGUUUCUGCCGUUACUUCACCGAAGUACAAUGGUAAUCAAUGGAGGAAAAACGACAUCGAGGAAACUCCCGUCGCUCAAAACGCCGCACCGCCUCUUUUAGACUCCGAUCAUCCUGUGAGUCAACUCAGAGCAGCCGGUGGCCCCCCUAUUUACACAUGGAAAAAGGACGGCGUUACUUCCAAGGUCGGUGUUGAUACUGGAAAAGUAAACGCCACUGAUCCACUCGAGGAACAACUCGAAACUCUGAGGAGGGACACCGCCUGGUCGCAUGAUGAAAAUCGCGACAAGAUUAAGAAACAGCUGAAUGUGAUUAACGAUGCUUCGGAGACGUUAGCCUCUCGGUUUGCAUCGGGAGGUACAUCAAACUCUUCAAACAAAUUAGAAACGUCAGCAAUUCCCGCUGAGGAUGGUGGCAAGGGUCAUAACAGUCCUGAUCUUGAUGCAGAUACUGACCAGAAUACCAAGGAUGUCUCGCAUAAAUAGAGAUCAUCCAACCGCGAGGAUGGUUCUGAUAUAUGUCUAGAUACCGUAUUGUUCCGAAUAUAAGCCGAGGGGCUUUUUUGUUGCCAGCACCCGGCAAAAUCGUCCUCGUCUUAAAAUAAAACACCCCGAAAUACUGUCUCAAAAUUGGGGGUCGGCUUACAGUCGGAACAAUACGGCACAUUUGUGGAAAAGAAAUGUUAUUGAAGAAAUGGGAGACAUGAGCAAAGUGAAGUGGCAUGACUUUUUUAUUUAUUUAUUUGUUUUUUUUUUUUUUUAUUAUUCUUGCCUAUCAAUUUUUCUACCACACUCGAAUUCACACAAUGAAAUGAAUAAAUGAACGAAAAAAAACAUUUUUAUUCCGAAUAAUUGAUGAUGCUGAACUGUGUGAAAAGUUAUUUUCUCUUUGACCUUGUCUCCCCUAAUUCAAUACACUAGGCAUUGUCAUUAUCAAUUUAGUAAU